AUGAUUGUAUUAGAUGAUGAAUUUGGAGAUCAGUACGUCCCAUUAUAUAGGGAGAAUGUCUACAUGUCAAAGUCCUCCGAGCGUGAAACCACGGCAGUGGCCAACGCCCGGAUCGACUGGAAAGAGACGCCGGAGGCCCAUCUCUUCAAGGUUGAUGUUCCCGGAUUGAAGAAGGAAGAAGUGAAGGUUGAGGUUGAAGAUGGUGGCAUUCUCCAAAUCAGUGGAGAGAGGAGCAAAGAGCAGGAGGAGAAGAAUGACAAGUGGCACCGUAUUGAGAGGAGCAGCGGCAAGUUCUGCCGGCGCUUGAGGCUGCCGGAGAAUGCAAAACUGGAGCAGGUGAAGGCGGCGAUGGAGAAUGGGGUGCUCACGGUGACGGUGCCAAAGGAGGAAGUCAAGAAGCCUCAAGUGAAGGCUAUUGAUAUCUCUGGUUAAUCACAUAUCUACUGUUGGUUUUCUUGCUUCUCUGUAUCCAUAAUCCAUCCACGAUGUAAUAAAGUUGUGUAAUGUUAUUUCUUAUGAUCAAAGAGUGAUAUUGAUGAAUUUUUAAUACAUCGACCACAUUUUUAUUUGUGUAA